GCCAUUGGAGCCGGAUGUUCCAAGAUGGUGGCGAUUGUUGGGGUUGCGGCUUCUGUGAGGGGGGGAGGCGUCUGCUGCUGAAGGGGCUUCGCCUGCUGCGUGCACCCCCUGGGGGCCGAGCCGGGUUCCGCCGGUGUGGGGAAAAAGGAAAACCUGUCUACAGCAUUCAUUGGUGGUUCUCCAAACAGCAUUUGACUUUGCUAGAAAUUCGUCAUGCAGCCACCUCCACAGACAGUUCCAGCAGGGGCUGGUGGACCUCCUCCUGCAGGAAUUGCUCGGAACACGUAUUGGCGAAACAGCCCAUUUAGUAGACGGGCAAAUGCACCGGUCUCAGGAGCAACUGCCCCGGUGCAACCUGUGACAGACCCUUUUGCAUUUGGCAGGCAAACUCCACAAGGUUCCCUGUUAGGUAAUCCAUCCAAAGGCAAUCCCCUGAUUAUGCCAGGUCCUGCUCCAUCAGUGUUUCCUCGUCCAGCUGGUGUGCAUUCUUCUCAGUCAUAUGCAGGGGAUAAUUCUCAUGGACUGCCUACAUCUUUACCAACAUCUGUAUCUCAACCAGGAAUAACUUCAAAUACAUUUUCUAAUGUGGUGACUCCUUCAUCACCAGCACAUAUUAUAAAUAGCACUGCAGAAAUCCAUCAAAUGCAUCCAAAUGCAGAACAUGGACCCCAUAACUCUUCAGCACAGUCGCUUUAUAAUACAGGAGCAGCACACGAAAAGUCUCUCAGUGGACAUCCGGCUAUGGCACAUGUGGCAAACAGACCCCUAAGCAGACAAGAUAUUAAUAGGGAUCCAAGCAACAAUAGUUCAGUGCCUACAGUAGCACCAUUUCUCCCUCCACCUCUUCAACAAACCCCACCUCAGUGGAGACCCAUUCAAGAUAAUCUGCAGCCUCAAGUUCAGAACUACUGGCCCUAUACUGAGCCACCUUCUCAGAAUGCAGUUUAUAGCGUUUCUCACUCUUCUGCUGUUAAGUCCCAUCUUCCUCCCCAAGCAAAUCUGCAUCAGGGACCCGUACAUCAACAUAUUCCACAAAGUACCAUGCAAGCACCUUUGCCCAUUGGUGGUGAAAAGAAUGAGAUAAGCAGCUUCCCAGUUGCCAACCACCAUGUGAACAACUUUCAGCCUGAAAAUAUGUUUAGACAGAAUGUAAGAAUGACUAAUCCUUGGCCAAGUCAACCUUACCAAGAACAGUUUUACCCACAGCCUCUUUUACCAGAUGCUGGUUUUGUUAAUCCCAUCACUCAGGAAAAUAACCCACAAAAACAAUCUCAAAAUGUGUCUGAAACACCAAGUGGACAUACAUCCACAAAUGCAGAUUCAGGAACUAUCUCCAUGUUUUUCAAAGGGGAUGAGGCAGAAAAUGAAGAAAUACUUUCAUCAGAAAAAAAUGAUCUGUCCGGUAAAGCUAACUAUGAUGCUUGUCAGCUAAAUUCAGGACAUAUGUAUCACCAACCACUGCAUCCUCAGCAAGCUGCAACUAGUGUUCUCUCUCAACCAGAGAUUAGCACAGGCUCAGCUAAUGAGACAGUGCAAAAGGGAAUGGAUGUCCAAUAUUUUUCUAAAACUAUAAGCAGCCAGCAUGACACACAGACCAGUAAAAACUCUAUGUAUAUUAGUGAUGACAAAGCAAAUGAUAGCAAAGCUCAUGAGAAUGUUGGGUCACAUUAUGAAAAUGUUGAGAACCUGGAAUGCAUUCAGAAUCAAGAAGUUCUGCCAAGCGAACCACAGAAUAUUAAUCGCUCGUCCCCAAGUGUAGGUUCUGAUCUGUACAGAUAUGGGUCACUACCGGGGCAGUUGCUUCCAAAGAACACCAUUGUGAGCCAUGCAGAAAGAGGACCAAAUCUAGAGGCACCCGACUUGUUACCUCAUCCGGUCCGAUCUGAUAGUGUAUCCUCAAACUACAGUAACAUAAGCCACAGGAGUGUUUCUAGUUCAACAAGACCUCAAGAGCUUAUUGGUACAUUUAUUCAGCAAGAAAGUGGGAAGCCUGAUGAGGAGUCCUCUGCCAGUUUCUUUAAGCAGAUUGACUCCUCUCCUUUGGGAGGAGAUUCGAGUGAGCCAAAUGUCAGCAAGAAUUACCAUAGUAAUCUGUCACAGCCUCAAACUCCAAGUCCCCCCAAACCUACAGGAAUAUUUCAGACAAGUGCAAAUAGUUCUUUUGAACCAGUAAGGUCCCAUGGGGUUGGGGUAAAACCUGCAGAGGUUGACCAAGCGAAAAUGGUGGUUGAACUAAGAGAGAACCACCCAAACCAAAAGAAUACUAAGAAAAGUAUGGCUAUGCCAGCUGCCUCACCAGGUAAUCUUGAACAGCCGCCAGAUAACCUGGAAACUAUUUUCAUGCCCCAAGUACAUACAUUGCCUCUUACAGUCACUGGUGAAUCUGGAAACAUGUUGCAACCUGCUAGUGGACCUGUUGUGGAAAACAUACAAUUGGUACCUGAGAAAAGACCCUCAACUAGAGCACAGGGAGCAACUAAAAAGUGUGAGAGUCCAGCAACAACUCUCUGGGCUCACAAUGAGUUACCUAACUUUGGGGGUAAUGUCCUUCUAGCCCCUGCUGCUCCUGCAGUGUAUGUACCUGCUAAACAGACAGUGGAAAUUAUUCAACCGCCCGAAGAAGGGCUGUCCAAUCAGCAGCCAAAUAAACCAGAGUGUGUUCCUGUGCAGCCGUCCCAGCCUGGAAAUGUAUCUUCUGAAAACCUUGAGAAUCCUCCCAAAAUGGGAGAAGAGGAGGCACUUCAGUCUCAGGCAAGUUCAGGUUAUGCAAGUUUGUUGUCUUCUCCACCCACAGAAUCUCUGCAAAAUCAUCCUAUUUUGAUUGCCCAGCCUAAUCAAAGCUAUAAUUUGGCUCAGCCAAUUAAUUUUUCUCUUUCUUUGUGUAAUCAGCUAACCAGGAAUGAAAAUAAUCUUUCACUGAAAGAUCCUGGAGUUGAAGAUAAACCCGUAACAGGACUCCAAGCUCCACAUGCUGGUGGGAUCCUCCCUGGGGAAGAUGUGUCAUUGUCUGUGAUGCAGGUUGGAUCUUCAGUUAAUAUGCCUCCAUCUUCUAAUCUGUCACAUUCUAAUUUAUUACAAAGCCCUGUUAAUUCUUCAGAAAUCACCUCAAAUCAAUCCACAAAUUUGAUGCAACCUCCAUCUCAAACUCCAGUUAAUUUGGCUCCAGAAGGUCAAAAGAAUACUAAUUCAGAAGGUUGUCUGCCUGAAUUUGCUAGUAAACCAGGAUCUGACUCAGCUGUUGCUCCUGGGACAAAUCUCCCCAGUGGAAAUGCAAGUGUGGUGUUAGUCCCACCAGUGUAUACCAUGGUGCCUAAUAAUAAUUCUACAAAUGACUCACAUAGUCAUGAAGAAAAUUCUGGAGCACUUGAUUUUACAGUAAUACGGACACUGGACAAAAGCAAGACCAGUAAUCCUGGACAGAUGCAUAAUCCGUUACUUUCUUGUGGUCCAGUAUUUCCUCAACAGCCAGUCAAACAUGCUAGCCAGAUGGGGCCAGACACAUAUGACAAACAACAUUUCUAUCAACAGGUAACAAAAGAUGUGCAGCUUCAGGCUCCAUCAGACAGAGCCACACAGGGGGCAUUGCUUUCUCAGCAACAAAAGCAGACUGCUCAAAUGCCGCAAACAGUACCUUCUGGGCAGUCCUUGGUUCCUUCAAAUUAUCAGAUGGCUUCAGGAAUUAAACCUACCCAAGCACCACAGCGACAAGAGAAUCAGAUGCCAACUAAUAGGUAUUAUCCAGCGGGUCUCCCAGAGGGUAGUUCAACACAGCCACCAACAAGCUAUAGUCAAACAAGUGCUGAUAAACAACCAUUUUCUGGUCAGUCAUUGAGUGCUCCAACUUCAUCAGCAUCUGUUACCACCAGUCAGCGAGCCAUGCCAGCCAUGCAGCAAGAGCAGAAUCCACCACCUUCUCAGACUCCUCAGGAUGCCUGUGGGCCACCACAAAACCCUUACUACUAUUACAGACAUCCUUAUGAUGCUUAUCAGACUCCAUAUCCACAGCCUUACCCUCCCCUGGAUCUUAGAAGUGCAGCUCAUCUCUAUUACCAGGAUGAUGUCUAUGGACAAUAUGGUCCCCGCUACCAUCACUAUGGUAGAAGCAAUGCUGCCUAUGUGGAGCCUGGUGGUUAUCGAUAUGGUGAGCCUGAGCGUCCUAGUUCCAGAGCUAGUCAGUGCUCUGAUAGACCUCCUUCUAGACAGGGGUAUACUGAAGAUUAUUAUAAUCCAAAAAGUGGUUGGAAUGAUUACUAUGCAGACUACUAUGCAAACCCAUAUAAUUAUGGAGAUCCAAGUCGCUGGGAACGUUACCCAUCAGCAUAUGACUCCAGAUAUAGAGAUCCCAGAAGUUAUGACCAGAGAUACUGGUAUGACACUGAACAGAAUCCAUACCAAAAGAGAGAGGCAUAUCCAUAUGAUAACAGACAAGACCGAUAUGAAGAUCACUGGCGAUAUGAUCCUCGCUUUGCUGGAAGCUUUGAUGAUGAAACUGAGCCUCACAGAGACCCUUAUGGUGAUGAAUUUGACAGACGAAGUGUCCACAGUGAACAUUCUGCCCAUAGUCUCCGUAGUUCCCACAGUGUUCAUAGCCAUCAGAGCAGCUUCAGUUCUCGCUCUCAGCAAAGCCAGCUUUAUAGAAGCAACCAUGAUCUGACGGCUAAUGCAUAUGAAACCACCACCCAGCCAGUCUCACUUCACACAGAUUAUCCAUACAGCGGAUACCCUGCUAAUUUUGAUGGUCAACAGCCUUUUACAGAUUAUGGCUACUCAGCUGAAACUGGAUGGCCAUCUGUAGAACAAGUCCCAUCAAGACCCUCAACACCUGAGAAAUUUUUAGUGCCUCAUGUCUGUGCAAGGUUUGGUCCUGGGGGCCAUCUGACAAAAGUGCUGUCAAACCUGCCUUCAGAAGGACAGCCGGCUUUGGUUGAGAUACACAGUAUGGAGACUAUGUUGCAACAUAUGCCAGAACAAGAAGAGAUGAGAGCCUUUCCGGGCCCUCUUGCUAAAGAUGAUACCCAUAAAGUGGAUGUCAUUAAUUUUGCACAAAACAAAGCCACACAGUGCUUUCAGAAUGAAAAUCUAAUUGACAAAGAGUCUGCAAGCCUGCUUUGGGAUUUUAUUGUAUUGUUGUGCAGACAGAAUGGGACCGUAGUGGGCACAGACAUUGCAGAGCUUUUGCUACGGGAUCACAAAACAGUCUGGCUUCCUGGGAAAUCGCCCAAUGAAGCAAACUUGAUUGACUUCACUAAUGAGGCUUUGGAGCAAGUGGAAGAGGAGUCUGGUGAAGCUCAACUCUCAUUUCUCACCGAUAGUCUUAUAACCACAAUUGACAGUCUUGAAAGAGAGACAGAGAGAUUCAGGGAACUUCUGCUUUAUGGUCGUAAGAAGGAUGCUUUGGAGUCUGCCAUGAAGCAUGGAUUAUGGGGUCAUGCUCUGCUUCUUGCCAGUAAAAUGGACAGCAGAACACAUGCAAGAGUCAUGACCAGAUUUGCCAACAGUCUUCCAAUUAAUGAUCCCCUGCAAACUGUUUACCAGCUAAUGUCUGGAAGAAUGCCAGCAGCAUCCACAUGCUGUGGAGAUGAGAAAUGGGGAGACUGGAGGCCUCAUCUGGCUAUGGUGCUAUCCAACUUGACCAAUAACAUGGAUGUGGAAUCAAGGACUAUUACCACCAUGGGAGAUACUCUUGCUUCUAAAGGCCUUUUAGAUGCUGCUCAUUUUUGCUACCUGAUGGCCCAGAUCGGGUUUGGCGUUUAUACAAAGAAAACAACGAAGCUUGUCCUAAUUGGAUCAAAUCACAGCUUGCCAUUUUUAAAGUUUGCCACCAAUGAAGCCAUUCAAAGAACGGAAUCCUAUGAAUAUGCACAGUCACUGGGAACGCAGCCCUGCUGUUUACCCAAUUUCCAGGUUUUCAAAUUCAUCUAUGCUUGCCGACUAGCUGAGAUGGGACUUGCUGCACAAGCGUUUCAUUAUUGUGAAGUGAUUUCCAAAACCGUUCUUAAAAAUCCCUACUAUUAUUCGCCUGUGCUUAUCGGCCAACUUAUUCAGAUAUCAUCUCAGUUGCGCCUGUUCGACCCACAGAUUAAAGAGAAACCAGAGCAGGAAUUAUUUAUUGAACCUUCAUGGUUGGUACGACUUCGGCACUUGGAUGGACAGAUCAAGGAUGGUACGAUAGCUUACAAUGCAGAUAGAUCCACCCCUCAGCAGUAUGCCUGUAGCACACCAAGCUCUGAAUUAGACCAUAUCAGUCAGUGUGAUGGAACAGGAUCUGGACAGGAAAUGGGGCCUGCUACUGAAAACCCAUUGUUGGCAUCCUUGUUACCUAAUACGGUGUACCCCAUGCAAGGUGUGCAGCUAAUGCCUUCAGCCCCUCAGACUAUCCUUGAGGAAUCAGCAGCUGUGACUCCUCCUAUUCAGCAAGAAACUGUUGGUGUUCCUUUCUAUCCUGUAGCCCCUCCCUCUAUUGGGCCAGGGUCUGGCUUUGCACCACCAGGCUUUCCAAAUCAAUAUGGAGCUGAACAGUCUUCACUGUACCUGGGAUCUACAAUGCCACCGGGAGGACCACCUCCGCAAGCAGCAGAACCACGGCCAGAAGAGCAGUUAAACCAGGAAACAGCAAUGCAGAGAAUUCCCCAGGAAUCUCCAAUUCAAAAAACUUUCCCUGAACAAAGAGAGGAGGAUUUCUAUGGAAAAAUGGCAAACAUGGCACCGGGACGAAGAUCCAGAUCCACCUCUCAGUCUUCAGCACAUAUGGGCUAUGGGCGAAGAUCUCGGACCACCUCAGAAUCCUCCACCCAUUCUAUAGGACGAGAAAGAUGCAACUCUGCAGCAAAGCAGCCCUCUCCUCCUCCUCCAUCCAUUCCUGAAGGGAAAGAGACCAACAAAGAGAUCAAGAAGGAGCCAGCAGCGAGAAAGAGUGGUGCAAAUUGGUUUCGCUGGCUGAUGGGAAAAGGAAAGAAUGAAGCUCACCUUCCAGAUGAUAAGAACAAAUCAAUUGUUUGGGAUGAAAAGAAACAGCGCUGGGUUAAUUUAGACGAGCCAGAAGAGGAGAGCAAGCCACUGCCACCACCUCCAGCCGGGGUUCCUAAAGCUCCUCAGACUGCUCCACCUGGGCCCGGGGGUCCACCUGGUGUCAACAUGUUUUCCAGAAAAGCAGCAGGAACCAGAGCUCGUUACGUUGACAUUCUAAACCCAAGUGGAGCGAAAUGCAGUGGUGCUGUUCCUGCCCCAUCAGACCUCUUUGCCCCCUUGGCACCAAUGCCUAUCCCUGCAAACUUGUUUGUUCCAAACUCAGUUCCUGAGGAACAGCAACCUAUGGAAGGGAGCGGGGCACGAGAACAGACAUUCUCUGCAAAUCAAGUCAGCGCUGAUGUUACUACAGAACCACAGUAUUUAAACUCUACAAUGCUUCCACCUGGUUCUGAACUCCCUGGGUCCAAUCCAGAUGGCUCCCAUUCAGGAGAGCUUUCGCGCUCUAGUUCAAUGAGUUCAUUAUCACGUGAAGUAAGCCAGCAUUUUAAUCAGCCUCUCCGUAGUGUGCCACCUUCUGGGGGACCUCCAGCAGGAACUGUUCAGUUCUACAACCCUUCUCAAUUUGCACAAUCUCCUGCAACUACUGGAAGUUCAAGGCUGGGGAGAAUUGGACAGAGAAAAUACCCAACAUUGAAAUAGAAUAUAAUGACUUGACGUUUGGAACACUUACACUAGUUCUGGACAUUCAAAGAACUACUCAAAUUUUAUGGCACAUAGUAGUAUCAUUGCAAUCUUGAAAUUGACAUGACAGUAAUUUAAUGCUGGCUGAUCAUUUGUCAUGGGUCUCCCUACUUGUAGCUCAUGUACAUGAAUCAUUACCAAACUAGAAAAAAUAUACAUUUUCCCUUAAAAGCUGGUUAGAAAGGUAUAAUCUCCUACUGGGGUUGGAGAAGGAUGAAUGGGGAAGGAUGUGGUUACUGUCUGUUGUGAAAACCAACUGUAAACUGCCACCAAAGGGAGGAGUUCUUCGGUUGAUUUUAAACCUACCAGUGUGACUUGAAGACAUAAAUUAGGUUUUAGGGUCAUUUCUGAAGGACACUUCCCUCCCAAUGUAGGACAUAUAUGUCCACCUUUUAACAGAAAACUCUAUGGCCUUAACAGGACCAUGCACAAUUGUAAUUCAUAUAAAACAAUACUGGCAUUUGCCAAUAUAUGAAGGUUUAAGAUGCUCAUCUGGGAAAUGCCUCACAUGCUUAUAUUUUUUUUUUAGGGGAGGGGGGCCUCAGCUCAUCCAAAUAAAUAAAUUGGCCUAUAGUGAAUUAAAACUGUGACUGUAAUAAAAUCUGAAAUUCGUCUGAUUUGGAUUUUAUCUAGUAUGUCUGUAGUUGUGUUUUAGACUCCUUGUAAAACAAAUUGUAUAGUCUGAAAGAAGCUCUUUGUAAAAUAGUCAAUGCUGUACUAUUUCUGAUGAGUGAGUGUUCUUCUUAAGUGCAAUAUGGUUACUUGCUUUCUCUCUCAAACUACUGGCACUAUAUAAUUAAGGUGGUAACAGCUUGAAAGUUGUUUAAAAAAUAUUUUCCUUUUGAGUGCCAGAAUCUCUUCCUAAUGCUCUGCUCUUGAACUUCCGUUAAUAAAAUAACUAAGGUCUUAAAUAGCUAACAACUGAAUUUCAUACUAAAUUAAAUGGAUUACACCUCUACUGAUGGACUUGAAAAGCUUUAGGUUUAGUAUAGGAAAUUCUGAAAACCAUUGAGGUGUAACAUUCACAUGCAUUGAAAAGUCUGAAUGGCCCACAAGGAGAGAAAAUAAACUUCAAAUAUUUAUUAAAUCAUUAGGUCAUACUUUCUUUAGGAUUUGACAAGGAAGCUGAUUGAUGUUACUUGCAUUCUGCCCAUGAGUUGAAAUAAUGUAUAUGUGGAAUUAAUUCCUCCCCGCCCCCUUUUUCCUGGGUAAUACAUACCACCUUUUGAGAUCUGGGCAGCCGUAUGUAUAUUUCCAAAGGGAUUAUACAUGAUUUGAAAUAAAAUGUGAUGACUUGGAGGAAUUAGUAGCCUUCUGGUAGUGGUCCAUGCUCUAAAUCCUGGACUUGGUCAGCAGCAGUCAGUGUGGCUUUCUUUUGUAACUAAAAACCUGUUCAGAUACUUGGCUUCAGAGACUGCCAAAUAUCUUUUAAUUCAAGAAGGCUUCCUCUGAGCUGGGAGCUGCUGUCUUUCCGAAGUGUUAGAUUUGAUGCUGUAAAUUCUUAAAUAAAAUAUUUUGCGCUCUGGAGCACUUUCACACUUUA